CUCUCUGGAGCUGCGAGAAAAAGACAAGAGAAGAGAAAACAGCAGUUGGUUUAGGCGAAAAAAUGAUCUAUUCAUAUUGAUGUCCGUUGUUUUGGCGACUGCAUAGUCCAGAAUAAUACGCAUCUUUUGCAAUUUAGGGAUGGUAAAACUUGAUUGGCAUGCCGUUAUUAUGAUAAUUACUGUUAUUAUUAUUGCUGGGUGAACAUGAUGGUUGGCUUUCGUAAAUGAAUGCAUGGAAGACAUUUAUGUUUAGAGACAGACAUUACGCACGAAAUCUCCCCCAUUAAAAUAUCCCUAACCCUUCAUUCUGACAUCCAUACUUACAUGUGAAAAGGGGGCAAACGAAAUCGCCUAAGCCCCCUUACAAACAAAUCUGCUGGAGGAGGAGGAGGAGGAGGAGAAGGAAGAGGAGGAGGGAGGCUACGUGAGGAUGCAGUUCUUCUCUUUUGCCCAAAUUCCCUCUUGAUUUUGGGGGGUAAAAUCACAGAUCCCUCGUCGUAUCCAACCAGCGACCAUAUCAUCCACUAAAUACAUCCGUGCUCUGACGCACUCUGAGGAGGACACUUUUUGGCUGCGUCUCGACGUCUUGUCUCAAUUCAACAGGAUCUAUUGCCACUUCAGCCCCCGUUUCUGCUGCAUCGCCCCUCAUACACUGGCAGCAAUAAUCAUUGAAGAAAAAAGAAAAAAAAAGAAGCAGGUGUGCAAGCAGCGAGUUGGCAUCAAUGACAGCUGCACACGAUCACGGCGAAAAGACGCGAGGGUGUCUGUGCUGCACCCAGCAGAGGAUGCAGCUAGUUGUCAUGGUAGCAGUGCUGGCACUGGCGCGGGCGGGGCAGGGCUGCAGCUUCGGCUGUCAUCCCACCAACAUCAGCAUCCAAGUGGAGAGUUGUGGCCUCACCGAGGUCAUCUACACCACCAUAUGUGAAGGACAGUGCUACCACGAGGAUCUGGUCUACCUCAGCCACUAUGAGAGGCCUGAACAGAGAAUCUGUAACGGAGACUGGUCCUAUGAGGUGAAACACAUUAAAGGUUGUCCAGUGGGUGUCACCUACCCUGUGGCCAGAAACUGCGAGUGUACCACUUGUAACACAGAAAACACAGACUGCGGGCGCUUUCCUGGAGACAUACCCAGUUGUCUGUCCUUUUAAAGAAACCUGUCAUCUAUCCUACAUUAGUUAUUAUGUUGUGUCACUUGACUUGGUACUAAAAUAAACAGGUAUCACUUAA